CGUCGUGCGGGGAAGAUGCAUGCGUAAUAACAUUGCUAUUUUUCCUGCACUUCCUUGUUGUCGCGAGCGCAGAGGUAGGGUGCGAGUCAUCAGUGCUCAUGUUUUCAUAACAGUGAGUUAAUAAAGUCUUCAACGGUUUGUGCAGUGGAUCGAUUAAUCUUACCAAAAUCCGAGCCGAGAAUACGGAUAGGCAGGCACUUGCCGCUGCUACGGGAAGAAUAUAAAAAUAGUUCGGGAACGAAAAGAAGAAAAGUGUUCGCAACAGAAGACGAAUGCAGUCUUCAUGAAAAUCGAUGUUAUAGUGCAGUUCAAAGGUGUUCCGAAAAGAAAGCGAAGUAACGAAAAGAAACUGUUAUUUGGUGUACGGUCUGUUUAAAUCAAUAGGCUACAAAGAUCCUUUUUGGAAAAAAAUCGUGUACGGUUGUUGAACAGCAAUACGCAUAAAAGUGUCAAAUCAGUAAAUUAUUGAAACUUCGGGAAAUAAAUCUUUGUAAACUGGCUAACCAUGGCCUCGUCGAAAAAGAAUAUGGAGGAAUCCGAAGAGACCGAGCUAGAUCCAAGGAUUCAGAUCGAGCUGGAGAAUCUCAAUACGGCUACAGAUGAUAUUAACAAGCUGGAGAUUGAACUGGAGGAAGCCAACUCCACGUUUCGGAUACUGAUGAACGAAUCAACCCGCCGGCUGAAGCUGUCCUCCAAGAAGCUCGGCAGCUGCAUCGAGAAGGCUCGCCCGUACUACGAGGCGCUGGAGAAGGCGAAGGUGGCCCAGCUGGAGUGCCAGGCGGCCACCCUCAAGUAUCAGCGGGCCAACGAAAUUCAUGCGGCCGCGAAGGAAACAGUGGCACUGGCUGAGCAGCGCUUCAUGUCCAACUCGCACGAAUGGCAGUUUGAUAAUGCCUGGCAGGAAAUGUUGAACCACGCUACGAUAAAGGUAACGGAUGCAGAGAAACAAAAGGCUGAAAGCGGGGCAGAACAUCAGAAAAAAGCGAAGGUGUUUGAGGAAGCGGAAAAGAAAGUACAACAACUGGAAGAACGUUAUCGGAGGAGCAUACAAAAGUCAAGACCUUACUUUGACGAAAAACAACUGUGUCAGGAACAGUUGGAAGCUCAGAAGGGUCGCAUCCAGCAACUGGAGCAGCUCAUCCAGGCGUCCAAGAGUGCGUACAGUACGGCCUUGCGGAACCUGGAGAAGAUCAGUGAAGAGAUCCAUCAGCAGCGGGGCGAUCUUAGCCAGGCUGCACCUUCCGGUCCGCGCGAACCGGGUGUUGGCGCGGAGCUAGCAAACAUCUUACCCACGGCAACGCCGGCCACAAGCAACAGCCCCUUCCCGUACAGUAGCACAAUGCCGGAUAUUUCGAGCGAGCUGGACAAGUGUGAAAUCCACUCAGUGGGCAGUGCCUCACUGGCGACCAGUUCGGCUGUGAGUGAGAAGGAUCCUACCGAGGAGGACGACUACUCGACGGUGACACUGCACCACGACGACGACGAUGUCGAUGAUGAUUUACAUUUGGAGCUGCUGCGGCAGAAGGUGCGUACGUUGGCGGUUCGGCCGGUCGAGGGAGGCGACGGUCAGCAGCAGGAGCAAGAUGUCUGGGAGCACGAGCUGAACGCCACCGUCGACAAGCUCGAUCACCUCAUGAUGCUGCGCGAGUGUUCUCGCAGUAACUCAGGAACGGUUCCGGCGUCGUCGUCGUCGCCAUCGGUCGAUCCGGCCCAGUACAGCAGCUUGCCAGCUACCCCGAAGCACCAGCAGCAGCAUCUCGGUCGCGGUGCAUCCCUGUCACCGGUGUCGCCCAUGCACCAUGACCAGCACUCGAUCAAGAUGUUCAAGAAGCUCGACCCGCUGCCGCUGGCAAACGUGUCGAUGUACGCGCUUCCAACGUACCUUAGCAGUGGAUCGGCGGGUGACACCAGCUGUGGGACUCUACUAACACCAAUCUCUGCCACAUCCCCGCUCGGUGAUACGAUGAACCAUAGUGCGAUGCAGAGUUCGCGUCCAGAGACCCAUCACUCGGACCUGAAGCUGAAACGAAAGAUGUCUAUGUAAGGUAGCUGGUGGCUCGCGAUGGUAUAAAUCAAACACGGGGACCACACACCAUCAAUUGAACAUAUAAAACUACAUACCCUCAUCGGUUAACAUAUUUGCGUCGAAUGCAGGUAACGGUGUGUGAAACUGAUUAUGUAGAUUUUGCCACGCAACCUCUGGCCCACUGGUUGGUCCUUCACUGUGCGACCACGGCAUUAAAUAUCGCACUAUUUUAAAUGGUUGAUCGCCAGGUGACUAGAGUAUAAAAACCGGAUCGUGUAUCGACUGUGUUGCAAAGCCGUAAAGUAAGAUCGGGAGGCCAUAUCGAGGCCUUUCUCAUUUCUUCCCUCCAUGAUGGGGCAUUUUUGUUUCUUCUCCGGUUCUUCUAGCGAUAUGACGCACUGGGAAUACAGACUUUUUUUUUAAAGAAAAAUGGCAGCGCAGGAGAGAGAUAAAAAGCACCUUAGAAUGAUCUAAACAUCUGCUAAGGAAAAGAGAGAAAUCAUAGCUUACGUUAGUGUUCGAGAAGUAGUAUCGGUGAAAGGUCAGCGUUUUCGUUUUCCGAUUCCGGGCGAUUUUAACGGUUUUAAUAUUAAGACGUAAGUAAUGGUAGAACGGAACGUCCAUACGGUCGUUCAUAUGUCGAAAUGUUAUGCUUAAAGUGUAUAAAUUGUUUAAAAUAAACUGUAUUGUGCUUUACCCGGUA